AUGUUGAACGAUUUCUUACAUAGACAAGACGAAAAUUAUCUCUUUUCAAACCAAAGCAUUGAACAAAAAUCCGAAGAUCAUGAGUCAUACACUGAAAGCAGUACUGUUGAUCAAACUGAGUAUUAUUAUGAUGAUCUAACAACCGACUUGACAUUCGAUAAUGAAGAAAGCACGGAUAGAAACCAAGAUUAUACUAAAAAUUCAAUCAAUGAGGAGACAGAAAAAUCCGAGGAGCAUGAGUCAUACACUGAAGAAACCAGUACUGUUGAUCAAAGCGAGAAUUAUUCAUCGACACCAUUCAUGAGCGAUGAUGAUCUAAUCACCGAAUUGACAUUAGAUAAUGAAAAAAGCACGGAUAGAAAUCAAGAUUAUAAUGAGAUGACAACAGAGAACGAGGCUAAAGAUGACAACACGAAAGAUUUGAUUUUGGAGGCCAUUUCAAAUGAUGACGAAAAUCAAACGAAAACCUUAAUUGAACAGUUGAAUGGGAACUUCUAUGGAAGUUAUGAUAUAACCUGGCUAGCCAAAGCUGCUCAACAAUGUAAACCGAAAGUUGCCAAAAUGUUAAUUGAAAACGGAGUUAGUGUUGACAUCACCGAUGAAGACAAUUGGCCAAUUAUUACUGUAGCCAGUUACUAUGCCUGUGAAGAUGUAGCCAAAAUACUUAUUGAGAACGGUGCUUAUAUUAAUGCCAGAACUGGAAGUGGGUAUUCAUCACUUCAUUUGGCCGCACGAGAAGGUAAUGCUCAAAUCGUUAAACUUCUUAUCAAAAAUGGAGCUGAUGUUACCAUGAGAGAUUUCGGCUACUUCGAAAGAACUCCCAGAGUAUUGGCCGAGAUGAAUGGUCACUGGGAUGUCGUAAAUAUAUUAAAGGAAGUCGAGCUCAACAAGAAUAACGCGAUAGAUUCAAUUAUGGAGGCACUUUUGAAAGAUGAUGCAAACCAAACAAAAACUUUAAUCGAACAGUUCAACGGUAACUUCAAUGGAAGCGACGACAUCAUUUGGCUGGGCAUGGCUUCUGAAAAAUGUAAAUUGAAUGUGGCCAAAAUGUUAAUUGAAAAUGGAGUUAGUGUUGAAGUCCAUAAAAAAGAUGAAUGGCAUCCACUCCACAUAGCUGCUUACAAUGGAUGUGAUAAAGAAGCAAAACUACUUAUCGAAAAUGGUGCUGAUCUUAAUAUCAGGAACGGAAUUGGACACUCAUCGCUUCACAUGGCGAUAAAAAGACGUAACUAUGAAAUCGCAGAUUUACUCAUUGAAAAUGGAGCUGAAAUUGACCGUGAAGAUUCAUGGUAUUUAAUAUAUGUCACCCCGGAUAGUACAACAGAGCUAGCAACAGAGCCAGCAACCGAGA